UUAAUCUGUAUUCUGUAUUCUGUACUUGUCACGUCUACUGGUUACGUUUUCUUCGACAUUUUGUUAGGAUUUCGCUGAAUUUUUCAUUUUGAAAUUCUCAAUGGUUUCAUAAAAGCAAUAAGAAGAAAACAUGUCUGACUCGGAAGGGAGUAAUUUUUCAGGCAGCGGGUCUGACGCGGCGAGUGUGGUCUCUAAUAGAUCUAGAAGGAGUGCUGCAUCAAAUCGGUCUAUAUCUCGGUCGCGCUCGCGGUCACGUUCUGGGAGUCGGAGUCCCUCCCGGAGUCCCUCAAGAUCACGCUCGAGGUCGCGCUCCCGUUCUCGAUCUAGGAGCCGCUCCGCUGCAUCCGAUGGCAGUCGCAACAGAGACGACGAAGCCAAGGAAGCCUCAGGCGAUGAAGAUGUAGAGGAUGAACAGGAACCUGAAGGUGAGGAUCUGGUAGACUCUGAAGAAUAUGAUGAAGAUGAGGAAGAAGAAAGAAGAAGAAAGAAGCGUAAGAAAGACAGUCGCUAUGGCGGGUUUAUCAUUGAUGAGGCUGAGGUGGAUGAUGAAGUCGACGAAGAUGAUGAAUGGGAAGAGGGUGCCCAGGAGAUGGGCAUUGUGGGCAAUGAAGUGGAUGAAAUUGGUCCCACAGCUCGAGAGAUUGAAGGUCGUCGCCGUGGAACCAACCUGUGGGACUCGCAAAAAGAAGAGGAAAUUGAAGAAUAUUUAAGGAACAAGUAUGCUGACGAAUCCGCAGCAUUGCGACACUUUGGUGAAGGUGGUGAGGAGAUGUCGGAUGAAAUCACUCAGCAGACUCUCCUGCCAGGAAUCAAAGAUCCCAACCUGUGGAUGGUGAAAUGCCAUAUUGGUGAAGAGAAGGCAACAGUUUUACUGCUCAUGAGAAAGUUUAUUGCAUACAAAAAUUCUGAAGAGCCAUUUCAGAUUAAAUCAGUUGUUGCUCCGGAAGGUGUCAAAGGGUAUGUGUACAUAGAAGCUUACAAGCAAACGCACGUUAAGGCCAUUAUAAAUAAUGUAAGCGCCUUAAAAAUCGGCACUUGGAAACAAGACAUGGUACCAAUUAAAGAAAUGACAGAUGUUCUGAGAGUGGUCAAAGAACAGUCUGGUUUAAAACCAAAGCAAUGGGUCAGGUUAAAGAGAGGAUUAUACAAAGACGACAUAGCGCAAGUAGAUUAUGUUGACCUAGCUCAAAAUCAAGUACAUUUGAAGUUACUACCUAGAAUUGAUUACACGCGACUUAGAGGUGCUCUGAGAACGGUGCAGAGUGAAAGCGAAGCGGCCAAACGAAAAAAAAAGCGUCGUCCGGCCGCCAAACCAUUCGACCCCGAGGCGAUCCGCGCCAUCGGCGGCGAGGUUACCUCCGACGGUGACUUCCUUAUUUUUGAGGGUAAUAGAUACUCAAGAAAAGGGUUUUUGUACAAGAAUUUUACUAUGUCGGCAAUUUUGGCGGAGGGAGUGAAGCCGUCUCUGACCGAGUUGGAGAGAUUCGAGGAACAACCGGAGGGUAUCGACAUAGAACUAGCUGCGCCGGCCAAAGACGAUCCGACGAGCUUGCAUUCAUUCUCCAUGGGCGAUAACGUCGAGGUGUGCUCCGGGGACCUCGCAAACCUACAGGCGAAGAUUAUCGCUAUAGACGGCUCCAUGAUCACCGUGAUGCCCAAACACGACGCCCUGAAAGAUCCUCUCGUUUUCAAGCCCAACGAGCUUAGGAAAUAUUUUAAGCAGGGUGACCACGUGAAGGUGUUGGCGGGCCGGUACGAGGGGGACACGGGACUCAUCGUCAGGGUGGAGCCGCACCGCGUCGUGCUGGUGUCCGACCUGACCAUGCACGAGCUGGAAGUGCUGCCCAGAGACCUCCAGUUGUGCUCGGACAUGGCCACAGGCGUGGAUUCCUUGGGACAGUUCCAGUGGGGCGACAUGGUCCAACUGGACCCGCAGACCGUAGGCGUCAUCGUCAGACUGGAGAAAGAAAAUUUCCACGUUUUAGGUAUGCAGGGGAAAGUCAUCGAGUGUAAGCCUCAGGCUUUACAGAAACGUCGCGAGAACAGGUUCACGACCGCGCUCGAUUCCGAACACAACUCCAUACAGAAAAAGGACAUCGUGAAGGUGAUAGACGGACCGCACGCCGGCCGCGAGGGCGAGAUCAAGCAUCUCUACCGCAACUUC